AAUAUAUAAAGACCGCCACCGCGUUCACUUGGGACGUAGACACGAUAUAGUCAUAGUGACAUUACACUCUCACUAUUACUUCCAUCCUGUACAAGCCGGAAAUCGCUGACAAGUUUUAACGGGGUGAAAUAUCAAAAAACAAUUACCAUGAAGGCUGUUUUCUUUGCGUUGGUUGCUGUUUGCGUGCUGGCGUCCCAAAUGAUUGCGGCGUCGCCUGUUGGAGAUGGAAAUGGUGACCUUUCUACCAGCCAGCGACAGGCAAUUGCCAGUUUGGCUACCUACAUCCUGAAGAUCGCAAGCUCGAAUGACUACAGCGAUUAUCUGUCUACCGAAAAACGAAAUGCCGAAGUGUUGAACAGUCUGAUCGGUCUUCCUCGGCUUCUGAAGGACAAAGGUCGAUAAAACGAGAACACCUUUGCGCAAUUAGUUUUUGUAUCCAACAGCUAUAACAAAGAUGUCAAAAGCCAUGUUAUUCCUUUAACCAACCUCAAACUGCCACGUCCAGUUUGGCUUUAAUUAACCUUUCGAAUGCCGAUGCCGCUAGUGGCUGUAAAAUUUGAAUUGCUGCGUUACGUCAAUUACCAUCGUGAUCGUGUUCAAUAACAAAUCACUAUAACAAAUCUUCCAGAUCACAUAAUGUGCCGAUUCAUUUUAUGGCCAUUCUGUUACUCCCACUUAAGAUUACUGUUCAGUGCUGCGAUUAUUAAUUGAAAACAGCUAAAUGAAGCCCUGUGGUUAAAAGGUCAUUGUGAUUGCGAUAAAUUCAAGUGCAGCCA